UGCUGAAAAGCCCGCUGGAUCCUCCACUGACCUGCUGUUCUUUCCUGCUCUCCUCGCGGUUUUUUUCCACAUUUAGAUUAAAAACAAAGCCCACCCUCUCUAUCUCUCUUUUCUCCCCUCCCUCCUCUCUUCUUCUUUUCCUCUUUUCUGCGGCAGAUUCAGUGUGUGAGAGAGAGAGGCUGAAGAGGAGGGAAAAAGCAGAGACUAUUUGCACGGAGCUGAGUGUGUGUUUAUGUUUGUAUGUCUCUCCAUUGGUCGGCUGGGUGAAGGGGCACCAGGAGGAGAGGGAAGCCUGCCUGGAUGAAAUUCUCGGUGUCACUACGUGUGGACCUUGACUGAUCCCAGGGUGAGGAAAAGGGAGAGAGACACUGAGGAGAGGUGGGGUAAUUGAGACUUUCACUGUGAGAAGAAGAAGAAGAAGAAGAAGAAGAAGAAGAAGAAGGAGGAGGUCAAGUCUGGUGCUUCGUUUUAUCAUGACAUUAGUGGGAGAGCGAAGCGACGGAUUGAGCGCUCUUCAGUUGUGUGUCAACAGGAAUUCGCCCUAGAAAAGAAAAAAACACAAGACUCUGGAAGUAGACUGCUGCCUUCAACCCAGCUAAGGAGCAGGACUUACAGAGAGUGUGUGUGUGUGUAACCGGUGGAGGGCAGAGGAGUGGAGGGCCAGGGGACGAACCUGGCCAUCAAACGGACUGGCAGCCUCCCCUCUCCUGGGAUCAUGUACCCUCAGGGCAGGCAUCCGGUUCCUUUACAACCCGGCCAGUCUUUCAAAUUCACCGUCCUGGAGACCCUGGACCGUAUCAAGGAGGAAUUCCAGUUCCUCCAGGCGCAGUAUCACAGCCUGAAACUGGAGUGUGAGAAGCUGGCCAGUGAGAAGACGGAGAUGCAGAGGCACUACAUCAUGUACUACGAGAUGUCCUACGGUCUCAACAUUGAGAUGCACAAACAGGCGGAGAUUGUGAAGCGUCUCAGUGCCAUCUGCGCUCAGAUCAUCCCUUUCCUCUCUCAAGAGCACCAGCAACAGGUGGUCCAAGCAGUGGAGAGGGCCAAGCAGGUCACUAUGGCUGAACUGAACGCCAUCAUCGGGCAGCAGCAGCUCCAGCACCUGUCUCACCACACCCCCGGCAUCCCCCUCACGCCUCACCCCUCAGGCCUCUCCCUGGGGGCGGGGGGGUCAGGGCUGCUGGCACUGACCGGCGCCCUGGGGGUCUCGGCCCACCUCGCCUCCAAAGAUGAGCGAAACCACCUCGACGCCGAACAUCUCAGAGAGGGAGCGCCCAGCAGGAGUAAGUCAGUGUCAUCAACAGACAGUCAGCCCAAUGAGGAGCGGCAGGGCCCGUCAGGAGGCUACUCCUCCUCUCAGGGAGGAGCCGAGGCCAAGAGGAGGCGCUGCGACGACAAGGAGCCUCUCCCUCCACACUCCUAUGACAGUGAUGGAGACAAGAGUGAAGACAAUCUCGUAGUGGACGUCUCCAAUGAAGAGCCGAACUCCCCUGCCGGCAGCCCCCCCCACUCGCCCCACGGGAACGGGCUGGACCGGGCUCCCACUCUGAGGAAAGAGCUGCCGGGCUCCUCUAGCGCCGGAGACGCCCCCUCCCCCCCGAACCCCCGCAGCCCCACCCCGGGGAAGUCCAAGGACUCUGCCCAGUCUCAGUCUCCAUUGUCCAAGUCUGGCACCCCGUCCCCGUCCCACCGAGAGGCCCUGACCCCCGGAGCCCCGGGCCCCAGCACCUCCUGCCUGCGUCUGGUCAGCAAAGCAGCUUCCAGUGCAGACCCUCUAGCUCUCCGCAGUCCCAUGUCUGUGCCCCCCGGUUCAUACCCAGCUCAUUUUGGCGUGGUGUCCCACGCAGGACUGAACGGAGAGCUGGCCAGCCCAGGAGGCUUCGGGGGGGCUCUGACUCUCUCUCCACAGAUCAGCGCUGCAGCCAACGCCUACUCCCGCAGCCCCAUGGUGGCGUAUGAGUCUCGGUCUCACCUGAGGGCCCCGGGGCUGUCCUCCUCUCUGCCUGGUUCCUCUGGGGGCAAACCAGCCUACUCGUUCCAUGUGAGCGCAGACGGCCAGAUGCAGCCGGUUCCCUUCCCCCCCGACGCCCUGCUGGGCCCGGGGAUCCCUCGGCACGCCCGUCAGAUCCACACCCUGAACCACGGAGAGGUGGUGUGUGCCGUCACCAUCAGCACCUCCACCCGCCACGUCUACACCGGAGGAAAGGGCUGCGUGAAGGUGUGGGACAUCAGCCAGCCGGGGAGCAAGAGCCCCAUGGCGCAGCUGGACUGUCUGAACAGGGAUAACUACAUCCGCUCCUGUAAAAUCCUCCCUGACGGACGGACCCUGAUCGUGGGGGGGGAGGCCAGCACGCUGUCCAUCUGGGACUUGGCCACGCCCACUCCUCGCAUCAAGGCGGAGCUGACGUCGUCGGCGCCCGCCUGCUACGCUCUGGCCAUCUCCCCCGACAACAAGGUCUGCUUCUCCUGCUGCAGCGACGGGAACAUCGUGGUCUGGGACCUCCACAACCAGACGCUGGUCAGGCAGUUCCAGGGCCACACGGACGGAGCGAGCUGCAUCGACAUCUCCAACGACGGCACCAAGCUGUGGACGGGGGGGCUGGACAACACGGUCCGCUGCUGGGACCUCCGGGAGGGACGGCAGCUGCAGCAGCACGACUUCACCUCGCAGAUCUUCUCUCUGGGUUACUGUCCGACAGGCGAGUGGCUGGCUGUGGGAAUGGAGAGCAGUAACGUGGAAGUCCUGCAUGUCUCCAAACCUGACAAGUACCAGCUGCACCUCCACGAGAGCUGUGUUCUCUCUCUCAAGUUCGCCUCCUGUGGCAAGUGGUUCGUGAGCACAGGAAAAGACAAUCUGUUGAAUGCAUGGAGGACACCAUAUGGAGCGAGUAUUUUCCAGUCGAAGGAGUCCUCGUCCGUGCUGAGCUGUGACGUCUCCCCCGACGAUAAGUACAUCGUGACGGGCUCCGGGGACAAGAAGGCCACGGUGUACGAGGUGGUGUACUGAGGACGGGAGGGGACACACAGGACGGAGAUUUCAUGUUUGGUUUUUUUUUGGAGCAACUGCAUCACCUUAGACCUCCCGACCCGAACCCCUUAUACAGCCCCCAUCUCCCCCUUAUCUCCUGUGAUAUAAGCUACUAUGGAAGCUCCAAAAUGCCUCCUCCCCCCCUCCCCUUCUUCCACUUUUAGCCCAAGGAUGCGGCAUGAUAGCAGAGAGAGAGAAAGGAAAGCAGCGAGAUAAGAAAGGACAAAGAAAAAGGGCGGUGGAGCGUAGAGAUAAAGUCAGCAGGGAAAGACAAGAAGGAGGAGAGAAAGUGAGAGAGGAAGAGGAAGGAGGGGGGGGGGGGGUAAUUAGGGCUGUUUCCUGAUUAAGAGCUCAGUGGAAGGGAGGCCCCCAGAGGAGGCAGCCAGGAGCCCUGAUACCACACAAUCGAUUCAUUAGCCAGACAGUGGAGGCCUUAAUGAGGCUGACGCCGCAGCCCCCCCCCCCCCCC